AUGGCGACGGCAGCAGCCCCCGAGACCUCUCUCCUCUCCCUCCUCUACCGCUCAUACCCUGCCGCCAUCUCUCCCGAUGCCACCGAGCCCGACUACCUCCACGCAUCGCCCAAGAUCUUCCCGCAGGUCACCUUUGUCGAGACUGAGGAGGCCGACAUCAAGCAAUGGCUGCACACUAGUUCGGGCUUGAAGGCUGCUCUGGCCAAGGAUGAAAAAUCCGUAGUCGAGAGCAUUCUCGCUCAGCUCAACACUCACCUGGCUACGGGGACGACCCUGCUCGGUGCGAAGCCGUCGGUCGCCGAUAUUGCCGUAUACGCCCUUCUGGCUCCCCUUGUGGAAAAGUGGUCACCCGAGGAGCGCACCGGUGAGAAGGGAUACCACCACAUCGUGCGGCAUAUCGACUUUGUGCAGAACUCGCGCCUGUUCUCGCUGCAGAUCCCCGAGGAGGAGAAGAUUCCUAUCGACGUGAAUGACGUGCGGUUCGUGCCCAAGCCCAUCGACCCCAAGGAGGAGAAGGAGCGCAAGAAGCGCGAAAAGGCCAGCGCUCAGAACCCGGAUGCCGGUGCUGAGGGCAAGCCCCUUGUCGUCGGUCAGGGCAAGCCUGAGAAGGGACAGCCUUCCGACGCCGCUGGGGCUCCUCCCAAGCCCAACAAGAAGGAAAAGAAGGAGAAAAAAGAGAAGCAGCCCAAGCCCCCACCGGCGCCUGCUGCUCCCUUGGCCCCGUCACUGAUCGACCUGCGUGUGGGUCACAUUCUGCGCGCUGUCAACCACCCCAACGCCGACUCGCUCUACGUUUCGACUAUCGAUUGCGGCGAUGCCCCGGACACCGACAACACGUCUCUGGAUGAGGAGACUGGAAAGACGGUGCGCACUGUGUGCUCCGGCCUGAAUGGGCUGGUGCCCCUGGAGGAGAUGCAGGGCCGCAAGAUCGUUGCUGUCUGCAACUUGAAGCCGGUCACCAUGCGUGGCAUCAAGUCCUGCGCCAUGGUUCUGGCUGCGUCCCCGCGUGUCGCCGAAGGUGAGGACUCGCACGCCGGUCCCGUCGAGCUCGUCAGCCCUCCGGCAGACGCCCCGGCCGGUGAGCGCGUGGGCUUCCAAGGCUGGAAUGAGGGCGAGCCCGAGAAGGUGCUGAACCCCAAGAAGAAGGUCUGGGAGACUUUCCAGCCUGGUUUCACUACGACCGAGAACCUCGAGGUUGCUUUUGACAGCAGCGCUGUCCCGUCUGUGCAGGGCCAGGAGGGCAAGCCGGCUAUUGGCAAGCUGGCUACUGCGUCCGGGGUUGUCUGUACCGUCAAGACCCUGAAGAAUGCCGCGGUGCGGUAA